AUGGGAAAUUCUAAAUCGAAAAAAAUUCAAAAGGAGCCCGAUAAGUUCUUUGAAAGAGAGAGAUGGAAGGAGCAGAAAAGAGAGGAUAAGAGGAAAAAGAUAAUAAAUCAAGCAAACCGAAGAGCUGCAUUAAAAGAGGCACCGAUUACAUCGAAUGUUCUCGCACCGCCACCUGCACCAAGCCCAACACCUCCACCACCAGCGCAUGUCCGUUCUUACGAUGACGAGGCCUUGGCAAGAAUGCGUUGGCAACUACAAAAUGAUUCGGAUGCUUUUCUAUUAAAUAAUAUUCUUCUUUCUGUUCAAUUUUUUGAGAAUUAUGAACGAGAAGCACAUCAAAUUCAAAAUAAUCCUAUAAGUGAACGAGAUAAUUCAAUAAAUGAAGCAAUGGUGCGAGAAAACAAGCACGUUUUCUUCGCAGAUCGUUUGCAAGAGAGCGUACAUGAACAUGUCUACUACCAAAGAAGCAAAGGUCAAACCGAACCUUUAUCAGCACCUAGGCUUUAUGUUAUUUAUGAUAAUGUAGAAGCCAGCGAACCCGGAGAUACUUCGGACUACAGCGCUGUUCUAGACGCUCCUUUCUAUAAAUUGCAAAUUGAAGAUGGCAAAGAACCAGGUUAUGUAAGAUUGAAGAAAAUAGAGGUUUUGGAAAGCACUUUACUUAAAGAAACUGAAACAGUUCCUCCAAAGAAAGAUGAUUCCGAUGAUAGUUUGUAUACUGAUUCUGAGAAAGAGUCUAUUGAUGGGUCAGAUGAACUUCCUUACAAUACUAGCAAAGGGAGAGAGCUGUUACAACAAAUCAAAACAAAAUUAAAUAAUUUGGAACCAGAUGCAAAAAGAGAUGCUAAUAUUAACAUGGAAAUAAAUGUAACCAGUGGUCGAAGAUACAGCGGGCCAAUAAAACAAACGAAUCUACAAGAAACACAAAAUAAUAUUUCAAACAUCUCUAAAUUAAAAAAUGAAAAUAUUAUGCUACUAGAAGAGGACUCAAGAAUAGAACAUAAUAAUAGUGCAGUAUCUAUAAAUGAUCAUUAUUCAAUGGCGCCGAGAAAGUCAAUUUUAAAAAAUACAAGAAGAUUGAGUGGCCCUGUAAACAAUAAAAGGUUUAGCAUAGAUUUACAAAGAGCUUCUUCAGAGGCCAACUUAGGUGAUGAUACUGAAACUUCGGGUUAUAGAUCGAAUUCCAGCAGUAGACAUACAGAGUUCAGUGAAACAGAUUCAGAUUACGGGUAUACUACUUUAACCGCGUCUGCUACACCGAAAAAAGUUGAACUUAGUGUAAAUAGUUCUGUUACGUCAGGCGUACUGCCUGAAGAGAUUUGGACACCCAUUGAGGUAAAAUCCUUGAAUUACUGGAGUGAUGAAGAAGAUGAGGAAAUUGACGAUGGCGCAUCUAAAUCAUCGUUGCCGCGAAAUCUAUUUGAAAGAGUAUUUUAUUUAAAUUCCGUAAGAUUUAUGAACAAUUUCGUUGACAACUUUAUAGUUAACCUAGGAUCCGGACUGGGUCUAUCUCAUGAUCAAAUACAUUCAGCGUCAACCCAAGGCGCUAGUAUAUACUGUGACACUCCAAAAAGUGGUACUAAAAUGAGUUAUGAAGUAUUUCCCGCUCUUGUAGCUACUUGGCCUAAUGCAGCAAACCAAUGGAUUAUUCGUGAAAGAAAAAUAAUACAGAAUCCUAGAACAAACUUUACAUACCAGUGGCCUACAAAGUACAUGGUUAAUAAAGCUGUUGGGGCCGGAUGUCUUUUGAUACCUAUUGGCUUUAGGCCAAAAAGAGGAAUAAAUCCAGAUCAAACAUUACAGUGGAAACUUAUAUAUCCAGCAGCAGAGCGCUACCUUGAAAGUUGCUUAGCACACUCCCACAUACGUUGCUAUUUGUUUACAUUAGCGUUAUAUAAAACUUUCAUAGAAAAUGAGACUGCCAAAAUUGGAAUUGACACUAGUCACAUCAAAAAUCACUUAUUUUGGCAGUGCGAAGAUAAUUACGCAAAAUGGCCUGAAGACAGGUUAGGAGAGUCAUUAAGGUUGUUUCUACGUAGUUUUUAUGUUCAUUUUGCACAAUCUAGGAUGCCCAACUAUUUCAUGGAGAAUUGCAACGACUUUAAAGGCAUUCCGAAACCAAUUCUCAUUAAAGCACAACGAAGAAUAGCGGAUAUUCUCGAGGCACCUGUCAUGCAUUUGCUCGGUGCCCUUGAUAAAAUAAAAUAUACAAAAAGAGAUUUUUACCCACCAUUCAACAGUCAAAGACUUUACCAUAUUUUAACAUGUAAAAAUCCCUUGCGUAUUAUUAAUCCAAACAUUCCAUCUACUGUUACAAAUUAUCAAAGUAGUUCAGAGAGUGAUACUGAAACAAAGAAAAAUUUAUGGGAUAAAGAAAAAGCAGUAGAUAAACAUUACCAGUGGAAAAAAGAAAGACAACGACAGAUACAAGAAAGAAGGAAGGAACAAAUGCAUGCCAAGAGACAAAAGUCAUCAAAUAAACAGGAAAGAGAAAUUAAUAGAACUAUAACACUACCCGCAAAGAUGGAAUCUGUACGCCGACGCCUAGUCCUUGAUUUCUUUGUGGCACACUUUGUAGCUAUCGCUCGAACAAGUGAACGAUUUGAGGCUAUUAAACAAGCAAUUAUUUAUUUGGAGCAAGCCCACAGACUUUGUCUUCUCCUAUUGGAUGAACCUGGGGCAGAUAUAAUAGCAAAUGAAUAUUUAGAUGUCAUACGUGACAAAUUGUCUGACUGUCAGCGAAAGUUGAUUCAACAGGUUGGAAUUAAUUUACCACCACGUCGAGAAAGCUAUCUGGACCGGGCUGUUCAAAAAAAUGUUCGUAAGACACGUUCUAAACCCAGGCAUAAUCUAGAUGUACCUGUAGGAAUCAAUAGCACAUCAGCAUUUGCAGAAGUUCAUGUUGAGAACUCUAGCGACCCUAAGAGGAUAAAUGAUGUACUGCCCGGCGAGGAAUCGAAAUUAUGA